AUGACUACCAAGAAAAAGCCAGACCAUGGCCGCAUUCCUGUGGAAGCAGCUGUCAAUAUGCAAGAUGUCGUCACCGUGAACGUCGGCAGCAAGCCUGAGAAGUACAUUGUCCACUCCGGCAUCAUCAGCAACACCUCAAAGUUCUUCAACAACUGUUUGAAGCCCGCAUGGUCCGCGUCGCAUGCUACCGGAGAUAUCGAUCUCACUGACGAGGACCCUGUUAUCUUUGGCAUCUACCUGAAUUGGGUGUAUUGCAAGACUCUCCCUACCAUCAUCACAGGAGAUGGCACGGACGGCCCUGGCGAAUACGAUACCCUCAGCGAGUGCUACGUCAUGGGUGAGAGGCUCUUCGACAUUGACUUCAAGAACGACGUCAUGGACGCUUUCGUUGAGGCAAUGCAUAGACACCCCUUUGACUGUCAUCGCAGCUCACGCACGGGCCCCGUAGACAUCAUCUAUGGAGGAACCCCGGAGGGCUCGCCAGCGAGACGCUUGAUUGUCGAACUUUAG